CAGCAUGGAGGGAGCCUCCUUGGACUGGGAGAUCAGUCAAGGCACCCUUUAAAAUUAUGGACAGUCCUGAGGCACCCUUUAAAAUUAUGGACAGUCCCGAGGCACCCUUUAAAUUUAUGGACAGCCCCGAGGCACCCUUUAAAAUUAUGGACAGUCCCGAGGCACCCUUUAAAUUUAUGGACAGCCCCGAGGCACCCUUUAAAAUUAUGGACAGUCCUGAGGCACCCUUUAAAUUUAUGGACAGUCCCGAGACACCCUUUAAAAUUAUGGGCAGUCCCGAGGCAUCCUUUAAAUUUAUGGACAGUCUUGAGGCACCCCAUUCUAAAAUGGGGUGCCUCAAGACUGUCCAUAAUUUUAAAAAGGCACUCCAUUCUAAAACAUGAAAAACUAUUCUAAUAGUUUUCUAUAACGCAGCAACAUGCACACAUGUAGGACAUUCAGCAUUAGAGGUGAUUUAUUCUUCCAAAGCAAAUACACUUUUGCACACUGGUACUGACUAGUAUUCCAGUGUUUCUCUUCUCCCUCAGUUUUUCUCCAUCACUGAGAUAAUGUGACCCCAGAACUGAUGGAGAGGAGCAUGGGAGGGUCAAACUAGAAUGCUAUGUAGGCACCUGACAUCCUUCUUAUCAACUGAUGAUGUCAUUGGUUGUCAGGACACUGGCAACUAGAAGAUCGUAAUGGUGCACAAUGAAAACCUGUGG